AACAGCGUUCAGUAAUAAUAAUAAGUUGGUCUGAUACGGACGUAGUACAUGUGAAAACAUUAAGCAAAAGUAUGGUUUUUAAAAUUAUAUCACACUUCCUAAUCGGUACUCCUUUGUUGAUAACUGUAUUUACAAUAGUCGAUUCUGCAUUUUGGAGUUGUUCUGAAAAUGGCAUUGCCGUACCGGUCGUAGGCAGUCAGGUGGCGGGAGUUUGGUAUGAAAUAGGCCGUUUACCCAGUAGUGAUGUGCCGGCGUGUUUAGAAGUCAUAGCUCCAGAAUCAGAGGUUAACGGCACGUAUACGUUACAACUGGACUAUAUAAAUAACGUUAAUAAUGGUUGGCUGCCAACAAAAGAAUCUUUAGUAUUUCCUUGGAGUGAAGUUAAAAACGGCAAUUUUAAUUUAUUAUAUUCCGAUGGAAUUGUAAAUAUGACUGUAAAAUUUAAAUAUUUGGGAAGCAUGAGAGGUUAUUCUGUCGUCUGUGGUUACUCUGACUUUGCGUCUAGCAUGUCUAUUAUUCGUAUAUUAAGUAGAAACAAAUUAGUUAACAACACUGUAAAAGAUGAAAUUGAUGCACUUGCAAAUCAACUCCAUAUUAGCCUUUCGCAAUUGACAUGGGUUCAACAGGAUGGAAAAUGCAAUGGGACAGAAAAAAUGUCAAUUUUCGGUAUUGGUUUACUGCUUGUUUUGUCUUUAUUUCAAAGAAUUUUGUAGAAUGCUUUAUUGCCAUGAGUAGUAAAUGUUUAUCUAUGAUUUAUUAUAAAUCGUUUAUAUACUUCCAAACAAACACUCAUACGUUUAUAUGUACAUAAGGGGCAUAACCAUACUAUUUAUACUAUAUGUUGUAAUAAAAACUCUGAAAUAUUUUUAAUGCCAUUUAACGCGCAAAUUGUUUGAGUGCCAAUUGUAAAAUACAUAUGUACAUACAUACAAAUGUAUAUGUAAAGUAGUAAUGUACAUACGACAUAGUAGAGAUAAAAUACAUGUAUUUGUUAAUUUUAUUUGAUAAAUGCUAAAAAUUAAUUUCGCAAUUAAAUAUAGCAAGCAAUUAAUAUACAUUAAUGUACUUUUAAGCACUUUUAUGAUUAAGAUACAAGUUACUCGCAUCAAAAAUUAUAUUACAUCCUCAAAUUCUGAAAACCUACUGACUGCUGAUAUACGGAAACUUUUACAUAUUAGUUCCCUGUUUUUAAAAAUAACGCAUAAAAGAAAGUUCUCUAAUUGGGAGAAUUAAAUUUGUUUAUUUGUUUGUGAGCGAGAGAGAGAAAGAGACCAACGAAAAAAGUCAUUUGUAAAUAAAGAGUAGAUAAGCGGAAUGAAUUUGUGGAUUGUGCAACAUGUUGCUGUGAAAUAAUGGAAUCUAAUAAGAAUGUUUAUAAACAUUUUUUAAAUUUUGGUAUUUAGUCUCAUCAAUGGAAUAAAAUAACAAUAUUAUCUAUAUAUGUACAUAUAACAAAAUGCAUACAUACAUAUGUAUGUACGCAUACUUCAGUUUGAAUAUUGAAUAGUAAAAUCAAAAAUAUUAUGAUGAUGAAAAGCUAACCACAUAUAA